GUCCUCGACGCUCUCUCCUAGCAACGGUGUAGGCGCGUGCCCGCUCUCGCGAGUGUACGCCUGUGCGGUGGGCCCUCCCCCUGCCCUAGCGGCGGCGUGCACGCGCCCUCCCUUUCCUACGCCAAGGAAACUUCCACCUACUAUCCCAAAGGUCAGAGAGGCUCGUGGCUUGGAGCCGGGGUCGGGGGGGGGGGGGGGUCGUCGAUUCGGCCGCGUACGCGUGGUGGUGCCCCCCCGGAGCGCGCUCCUCCUUCCUUCCUGCAAUCCGCUCUCUAGGUUCCCAUCCCCAUUCGUUACGUCCGAGGGAGCCGAGGCGAAUGUGAGGUGUACGCGUUUCUCCCCGGGCUGGGUGAGACUAACCGUUGGGAACCUCCCUCCCCGGAGUCGCCGUCUUAGUCCGCUACCUCCCCUCCCCGGCUCUACCCCUUAGACUAACUGGGAGCCGGGGAGGGGAGGACGAGAAGAAGAGGGAGGCGGAGGAAGAAGAGGAGGAGGAGAGAAGAGGAACCCACCCCUUUUGUCCUUUCUUCCCCUCUAAGCUUUCGAGCUGGAAAAGAACUUAGACCAAACUCCGGCCCCUAACCGGUCGGAGUGGAAACAACCCGAAAAAUCAGGGUUUUCCUUGAAAGAGCUGAUCUCCACCCUGCAGAUGAUGUGGAAAGAGGGGCAAAACUCCUGCAUCUCCCUGGGAGUGAUUCUUGGUGUGGUCCUGCUCACCGGCUUAAUGCGCGUGACGUUCCGGAGGCGUGUCUUCUCCACGGUCACCCGCACCUUCGUGGCGGAGCUGCUGGCCACCUUCCAGCUGUGCUGCUGCUCGCACGAGCUCCAGGUGCUGGUCGAGCUGGGUCCGUCCAACCCCAGCUGGCCCUUGACCAUUAUAUACUUUCUCUCACUGGUUCACGGCUUGACGCUGGUGGGCGCUGUCAGCAACCCAUGCGGGGUCCUGGAGCAGUUGGCGCUGGAACAGAUGCCCGUGGGUAUGAGCAUUCUCAAGAUACUUGCUCAGAUGCUCGGCGCAUGGUUUAGCCGGACUUUCAUGUUGUGGAUCUGGAAGAUGGGCAUUUCGAAGUGGCACUAUCCCGAGAGGGCUCUGAAGUGUACCAACCCCAUCCACAUCGCUCUACCCGAGGCAUUCCUCGUGGAGAUGUUCUGCUCCUUCAUCUUCCACAGUACCAUGAUGCAUUUCCAGGAGAUCAGGCUCAAGUUUCGCAUCCACUUGCAGGCAGCGCUCAUCACGUUUUUGGUCUUCGCAGGAGGAAGUCUAACAGGAGCUGUAUUUAAUCCAGUUUUGGCCCUUUCACUACAUUUCCAGUGCUUUCAGAAUUUAUUCUACAACUAUUUCAUUGUGUAUUGCCUGGGUCCUUCUUUAGGUAUAAUGUUGAUGGUUUUGAUGUUCAGCCAUUUCCUUCCUUGGCUGCAUAACAUGAAUAGAAAUAAUAAAAAUGCAUAAUGAUUUUCAAAGACUAAUACUGUUAAAUUGCAGUCCAGAUGGAUGUGAAGCCAUCACUGAGCUCAUUUACCUCAUGUUCUGAAUACCACUUGCACUUGUUUUCUCCAAAUGUCAAAUUUCUCUGGGGAUGCUGUCUUAUAGUUCCCAUCACUAAGACUUUUCAAAAAAUGAUGUGAAAUUGAGGUCUCCUGUGUAAAGACUUGUUUUUUUGAAUGAUGUUUAUUAAAAUGCUGCUGGAAAGGA